AUGUCUAUGUUUUUGAAUACGUUUGGAGGGAGUAAUCAGGAGGUCUCCCAAGAGAAGAUCGAUGUUGCUGGUGUUCAAUUCGAUGCGAUGUGCACGACGUUCAAUAAUAUCCUGAAGACAUGCAUGGAGAAGUGCAUACCGCAUGAGGGCUACAGUGAGGGAGACUUGACGAAGGGUGAGAUGUGCUGUAUAGAUCGCUGUGUGAUCAAGAUGCAUUAUAGCAAUCGAUUGAUCGGUGGGUUUGUGCAGACCCGUGGGUUCGGUCCCGUCAACUAUCUGCGACACUACGAGCAGUUCCAACCGCCAGCAGACCCUGAUGCCAACUAG